AUGAAGCGUCGCGCCAGUAUUGACGAUGACAGUGGAUCCGAGGUUGGUGCUCCAGUUGCGAAGAAAUCGAAAAGCGGGCCGUCCUCAAGUCGCAUCUCGGAUAUUCAUAAAGACGAUGACGGUAACCCAUUUUGGCAGCUGCCUAAAAGUCGCAGAGUUACUGUCUCCGAAUUCAAGAAGGCCACUUAUGUGAAUAUCCGUGAAUAUUAUGAGAAGGAUGGCAAAGUACUUCCGGGGAAGAAGGGAAUAUCGCUUAGCUUGGAUCAAUACAGAGAGUUCUUGAAAGCCAUUCCAUCCAUUAACGCCGAACUUAGAAGAAUAACCGGCCAAAGCUUCAAUGAUCCUGACGAUAAUUCCCUACCGUCUACCAAGGCGAAUCGGUCAUCAAAGGCACCAUCAAAGUCUAACAUCGAGACAACGAGCGACGAGGACGAUGCCUAG